AUGGCAAGCCCGCACCACAUCGCGAUGGAGCUCGUCGGCCCCAAGCCCGGCGGAUCCUCCUCCGCGGUCGCCGUCCACCACAUGUUCGUUGUCGUGGUCGACGGCGUCGAGACGGACAUCCACGAGGGCACGCUCCAGGGCAGUCUCGGCAAGGUCACCGUCACCAGCCCCGGGAACCUCUCCGCCGACGGCCUCCGGAGCGUCGUCGUGCGCGGCGGGGGAGGGGGCGCCGUCGUGUUCACCCUGUGCGGCGACGCGGCCGCCGAGGGCGUGGGGUCCGCGUCCUUCGUCCAGUGCGGCGCGACGCGCGUCGACGGCGCGCGGGAGGUGUCGGUCUCGCGGUGCCGGUCCCUGGACGCGGAGCAGGCCGGCAAGGUGACGGUCGAGAGGUGCCGGGAGGCGCGGCUCCGAGGCGGCGGCCUCCUCCGCGCGACCCGCUGCAGGCGGGCCGACGUCGAGAGCUUCGGCGAGGUCCGCCUGGCGCGCUGCAAGGGAGUGCGCGCCGACUGGUGCGGCAGCCUGGAGGUCCAGAUGUGCAGGGCCGUCGACGCCAGCCGGUGCGGCGCCGUGAGCGGCGACCGGUGCCGCCGCGUGAACGUCGCCGGCUGCGGCAGCGUCGCCGUGACCCACGCCGUGGUCAAGACGGUGGAGGAAGAGCAGCUGCAGUCGCAGCAAACCGUGUCUCCGCAGUCCAGUGGAAGUGAGUAA